AUGUCAGGGUCCCACCCACCUGUCCGGCCAGCUGCGCAGCGCACGGGCGGCAGCGUGGGAACGCCCCAGCUGGGCGGCUUGCAGCCGUCAGGACAAGCUGCGCGGUUCCCAGCCUCCCCGCCUGCCCCGGCCCGGGCACCGCCGCCUCCCAGCCGUCACCCGGCAACCACGGCCGAGAUGCUGGUCCCCACACUCCUUGUCCUCUUCUUCCUCUUCCUCAGAGGGCGUGCAGGCCUGUCACCCCACUUCCUGCAACAGCCCGAGGACCUGGUAGUACUGCUGGGGGACGAGGCUCGGCUGCCCUGCGCCCUGGGCGCCUACUGGGGGCUGGUUCAGUGGACUAAGGAUGGACUGGCUCUAGGGGGUGAAAGGGACCUGCCAGGGUGGUCCCGGUACUGGAUAUCAGGGAAUGCAGCUGGUGGCCAGCACGACCUCCACAUUAGGCCUGUGGAGCUGGAGGAUCAAGCAUCGUAUGAAUGUCAGGCUACACAAGCAGGUCUCCGCUCUCGACCAGCCCAAUUGCACGUGCUGGUGCCCCCAGAAGCCCCCCAGGUGCUGGGCGGCCCCUCUGUGUCUCUGGUUGCUGGGAUUCCUGCAAAUCUGACCUGCCGGAGUCGCGGGGAUGCCCACCCCACUCCUGAGCUGCUGUGGUUCCGAGAUGGGGUCCAGCUGGAUGGGGCUACCUUCCAUCAGGCCCUGUUGAAGGAAGGAACCACUGGGUCUACUGGGUCAGUGGAGAGCAUCUUAUCCUUGACGCCUUCCAGCCAUGAUGAUGGAGCAACCUUGGUUUGCCGGGCCCGGAGCCAGGCCCUCCCUGUGGGAAAGGACACGGCUAUCACACUGAGCCUGCAGUACCCCCCAGUGGUGACUCUGUCUGCAGAACCACAGAGAGUGCAAGAGGGAGAAAAGGUCACUUUCCUAUGUCAGGCCACAGCCCAGCCUCCUGUCACCGGCUAUAGGUGGGCAAAGGGGGGCUCCCCGGUGCUCGGGGCCCGCGGGCCAAUGUUGGAGGUAGUAGCGGAUGCUUCAUUCCUGACUGAGCCUGUGUCCUGCGAAGUCAGCAAUGCAGUGGGUAGCGCCAACCGCAGCACAGCUCUGGAUGUGCAGUUCGGGCCGAUUCUGCAGGCAAAGCCAAAACCCUUGUCCGUAGACGUGGGGGAAGAUGCCUCCUUCAGCUGUGUCUGGCGCGGGAAUCCACUCCCACGGGUAACCUGGACCCGCCGCGGGGAAGCACAGGUGAUGGCCUCCGGGCCCACUCUGCGCCUUCCAGCUGUGGGACCUGAGGAUGCAGGCGACUACGUGUGCAGGGCUGAGCCGGGGCUCUCGGGCCUGGGGGGCGGCGCUGCGGAAGCUAGGUUAACUGUGAACGCUCCCCCAGUAGUGACUGCCCUGCACUCUGCGCCCGCCUUCCUGAGGGGUCCCGCCCGUCUCCAGUGUCUUGUCUUCGCCUCCCCAGCCCCAGAAGCCGUGGUCUGGUCUUGGGAUGAGGGCUUCCUGACGGCGGGGUCGCGGGGUCGGUUCCUGGUGGAGACAUUUCCAGCCCCAGAGGGCCGCGGGGAACAGGGUCCAGGCCUGAUCUCUGUGCUACACAUUUCGGGGACCCAGGAGUCCGACUUUAGCCGGGGCUUCAACUGCAGUGCCCGGAACCGGUUGGGCGAGGGGGGCACCCAGGUCACCCUGGGACGUAGAGACUUGCUGCCUACUGUGCGGAUCGUGGCGGGAGCAGCUGCUGUUGCCAUGACUCUUCUUAUGGUCAUCACUGGGGUGGCCCUCUGCUGCUGGCGCCAUAACAAGGCCUCUUUCUCCAAGCAAAAGAACCUGGUGAGAAUCCAAGGCAGCAGUGACAGCUCCAGUUCCAGGGGCCCCGAGGAGGAGACAGGCAGCGGUGAGGACCAGGGCCCCAUCAUGCACACAGACCACAGUGACCUCGUUCUGGAUGAGGAGAGGGCUCUGGAGACCAAGGACCCAACCAAUGGUUACUACAAGGUCCGAGGAGUCAGUCCACCCGCGUCUCCAGACUCAUGUGUGACAUCACUCCAACUGAAGAGUCCUGGGAUCUUCAACUUGCCAUAAGGGAUUGUCCUGAUUACUGAGGAGCCAGAACAAAUUGGCAACCUUGCUCUUCGAAAACUGAACAUUGAAUGGAGGGAGAGAUCGUUAUAAUUGUCUGUGUCAUUGAUACACAGUCAGUUCAGCCAAAGGGGAUACCCCAAGUGGAAGCAAGAUGGCCUCUGUGCCUACCUAUUCCCCACUAUGUAAAAGAGAUUCCGGGGGCAAAUGGGCCCUUUGCAGAGGGAUGGGGGGUUGGGGGUGAUGGGAAUUAGGGGCAAAGAAGGAAGUUGUUUCUAAACACUGAAGGAAGAUAUUUCAAGAUGGCCACUUGUAUUGAGAAGAAAGGCAACAUAAGGCAGAUUAAGAUGGAGGUACUGUCCCAGCUGUCCCUGAAGGGCACUUUGCUUCAUUCAUGGAAUUGCAGCCAAAAUGGCCAUCCACUCCCUGGGAACCCCAGAUGGCCACCAUCUUGAUUCUUUCUACCUUCCUUAAAGGCCCUGGAAGAACUGGACCCAAGGAAUAGGAUAGGGUGAGAGUUGGGUUUGUUUGUUUGGUUGGUUGGGGGAGGAUUGGAAUCCAGG